AUGACAUCAAAUGCUAUUUACACAUAUGGCGUGGUAGUGGCUACACUGGCUGCAAUUGAAGCUCCGAACGCUGAUGCGUAUAAUUCUUUGAAUGCCAACUCUGAUCAUGACAAGCCCGCUGGUGGAAUGGAGCCUGCGCUUGGAGACGCCACAUCAAAGCCUAUCACCACCGAUCUUCAGACGGCGGAGAAACAUCUUCGUCAACAUACUGGUUGCUGGUAUCGAUACCGCGGGUUGAGCAUGGCUCUAACCCAUCGGUUGGUAAAAGUUUUCUUGAUUCGCAUUGCACCCCUGCAGGACACCAAUCUCUUUGGUUGGUUUGUUUAUAAUGCUGUCAUUGAAACCCUUCUGUCAAACCUGCAUGUGGCUCUUCUCCAUAUCAUUAUAUCACGGCCCUCGCCCAAGCGCUUCUACCAGCGUAUCCCGGGUCUCAGCAGUUGGAUACAAAUCGCCCCUAUUGCUGCCCUCUCUAGUGUUGCGACCAGUGCAGACUUCUAUCUUCCCCUGGGUCUAAUCAGAUUUUUCGGAGAACGGGACGGAUCUCAUGCAAUCCCAAAGGCUACGGGAUUGUGUGAGAUUGUGAUAAUUUUGAUUUCCACAGCACUUCUGUACUUCGCUGCAGUCGCCCCAGCCCGAGCAAUCUUUAUCCGAGUGGCUGCUUCCAUGCUACCGGAGCAAGACAAGCCCAUUGUGGCUUUCGACCGUACGUUCGGCGGCAAGGUGAUCCCUGUCGUCCUAGGAGGGAGCGGAAAGGUCAGUAUCCCUGAUGCAUGGAGGAGCUUUCACUGGGCCGCUCGUGUUCGCUACCUCAACGCCUUUGCCAAGGCUUUUGCCCUUCAGGUUGUGUGUUGGUUUCUCCUCGUCCUGUUUGUUCUUCCUUUGGACUUUGAUGCGAAAUCUGCCAUGAACAUCAAUUUCCUUGCUUGA